GGAAGGAAGCAGCGGAUGGCGGCAUGGCGUCCUCUUAUUAUCAUGAGAUGCACGAGAAUUUUAAAAACAACAGCAAAAGUCGCGAGUUUCCGGCACACAGCGCGAAAGUUCACUCCGUCGCCUGGAGCUGUGAUGGAAGGAGACUGGCCUCGGGUUCGUUCGACAAAACUGCAAGUGUUUUUGUGCUCGAAAAAGACCGCUUGGUGAAGGAGAAUAACUUCAGAGGACAUGGGGACAGUGUGGAUCAGCUGUGCUGGCACCCCACCAACCCAGAUCUGUUCGUCACUGCAUCAGGAGACAAAACCAUCCGGAUCUGGGACGUCCGCACUACGAAAUGCAUGGCCACGGUCAGCACAAAAGGAGAGAACAUCAACAUAUGUUGGAGUCCUGAUGGCCAGACCAUCGCUGUUGGGAAUAAGGAUGAUGUGGUGACUUUCAUCGAUGCAAAGACUCAUCGUCCUCGUGCUGAAGAGCAGUUCAAGUUUGAGGUCAACGAGAUUUCAUGGAACAACGACAACGAUAUGUUCUUUUUGACAAACGGCAAUGGCUGCAUUAACAUUUUGAGCUAUCCUGACCUGAAGCUUAUCCAGUCAAUUAAUGCCCAUCCAUCUAAUUGUAUCUGCAUUAAAUUUGAUCCUACGGGAAAAUAUUUUGCUACUGGAAGUGCAGAUGCCCUGGUUAGUCUUUGGAAUGUCGAGGAGUUGGUGUGUGUUCGCUGUUUCUCUAGGUUAGACUGGCCAGUGAGAACACUGAGUUUCAGUCAUGAUGGCAAAAUGUUGGCGUCCGCCUCUGAGGAUCACUUUAUUGACAUUGCUGAAGUAGAGACAGGAGAAAAGCUUUGGGAAGUGCAGUGCGAGUCUCCAACCUUCACUGUGGCCUGGCACCCUAAAAGACCGCUGCUGGCGUAUGCCUGCGAUGACAAGGAGGGCAAAUACGACAGCAAUCGGGAGGCAGGGACUGUAAAGCUCUUUGGCCUUCCUAAUGACUCUUAAAGAGCUAAAUUCAACAUGGACACAGUUUUGUAAAUUCUUAAAACGUCUGCUGUUGUUCAGCAUUUCUUUACAUGCUCAUUGCUCUUUUAAGAUGAGGACAUAAUCCUUCCUCGUUACCUUUUUCCUGGGACUGUUGUCUAGUAUCUUCUCAUUGUGAUUUUUUUUUUCUGUCUAUCAACUGCUUUGAAAAUCUGUACAAAAAUCUGUGGUUUAUAUAUAAACUGAUAUUGUCAUAAAUGGAAUUUAUUUUACAGGCCCAUUUACGUAGUUUGACACAUUUCCUCACAUAAUAAUGAAAUUCUGUUGCAGAUAAUAGGAUACUGUGGUUCAUUUUGGAAAAUAGAGACACUAGAGGGCACUGUGCCCAUUUCUGGAGUAGUGCACACUUGCUGGAUGUUUUUUCACUGCAGAUAUUCCACAGUUAGUUUUAUUGUGUCUUAUUAAACAAUUUUAUAUUAUUUCAGUUUUGUAAUAUACAUCUUAAUCAUUUUUUCUAUAUUAUCUGAAUGUGUUGCUAAAGCCUGGCAAUUAUCAAUGUUUGCUAGCUGUACACACAGGAUGAUCUAGCAGUAUAAAAUCCAGCUGGUUUCUUGCAAAUGUUCUGCCUUUCAUGUUUGCUUUGGGGACACAGUAUGCUCACUCUAGUAUCAGUAAACUGUAUACAGCAAAGUCAUUUAGAGAGCUAUAUACUGAACAGAUCUGUAUUGUCAACACUCCAGUAUGCAGUAUAAGGUACACCAUUUUGGGGGGUGACGGGUAAAACCAUGCACUGUAUAGGGUUUUUUCCAACUUACCCUUAUGAAAGACUCCUUAGUUUUCAUUUAGAGCUCUGCACCAAUGUUUGUCUAAGUUAUAACUGGUAAUCAUAAAUGGAAGGCCAUUGCAUUAAUUAAUUAAAGUCAUAUAUGCUCUUA